AUGAUCAGCACGAACCAGACUAUGAAUCAAACUUUACCAGACGUUUUCACGAUAAUUUACACGAUCGUUUGGGCAACAAUCAUGUCCAGUCUGGCUAUUCUAACGAUUAUCGGCAACACAAUUGUAAUCUAUGCUUUACGAACUAAUCGUCAUCUGAGAACGGUAAUGUGUUAUGCAUACUGUUUUAUUUUCUCAUGUUCAUUAAUCCCUUUUAAAAUAAUUAUCGACAGCUAUCCGGUUAACGAAAAUCUGCUUCAACAACAACAGCAGAGUCUCUACUCGUCUGUCAGUCCUGAUAUUCAGGCAUAUCCAUUGAAUGAUAUGACCGAGAUCGAUCUAACGGAAAUCGUGCAACGAAACACGAAUCGUAGUACUACUAUUGAUAUCGUGACACAUUUCCAAUAUUCAAGUCUCAUACUCAAAAUCAGUUUGGGAUUGAUUUGUGCUUGCCUUUGUUUAUUAACCAUAACGGGUAAUCUUCUUGUUCUAAUUACAUUUCGUCGCAUACGAACAGUCGGCAACUUGUUUAUACUCAGUCUUGCCACUGCUGACUUAAUUGUGGGUUGUUUUGUUAUGCCUAUCGCUGGAAUCUAUGCAAUUAUGGAAAACUGGAAUAUGGGUCUUCUUCUUUGUCAGAUUUGGUUGUCCGUUGAUUUUACUGCCUCAACGGCAUCGAUAUUUAAUCUACUCACGUUAAGUUUGGAUCGUUACUGGUCAAUCACAUCCCCACUACAAUAUCUCGGUAAACGAACGCGUACGCGUGCUCUUUUCCUCAUCGGUUUGGCGUGGGGCUUGUCAGUUCUUUGGGUUAUUCCAAUCUUUGGUUGGCAUCGUUUAGUUAAUCAUGACACAAGAUAUAUCGACUCGACAAAAUGUGAACCCGAGUAUACGCACUCAAAGGUGUUUAAAGUUUCGACUGCAAUCAUCAAUUUUUACUUACCCUUGCUAGUUUUAAUGUCACUGAACGGUCGAAUGUAUUUUGAAAUCAAGCGACGUUACAAAAACGCACUCUUGCAAAGAUACUCGAGUAGGUCAACGAGUGACUCCCCAAAUACGUGUAAAUUGCAUUCACAACGAAAGAAUUCUCGUAUACCAGUAACAAUAGCAAUAUGUGAUACUGACAAACAACUGUGUCCAACAUCGUUCAAUUUCAUUGAUGCUGACACGCUGGCCAUGACGAAACCAAUAUCAACAAAUCAUUAUGAUAAUACACCAACGUUGAGAGUCAACUACAAGGAAAAGAAAAAUCGUCCGAUACUUACUUCACACCUGUCCAUUUCGCAACCUCUACCAAAGAAAACUUCUUAUCCAUUCAUUGAAAAAAACCAUUGUGCUCAGGAUGAAUUAGUUUGGUUUGCUCACCAUGAACGGUCACGUUCCUCAUUAAGUCCAAUGCCCACGCCACGAUCUCAUCGUACUGGCUCGAAAUAUCGUUUAAAUGUCGACGAACGAUGUUUUAAACAUUCGUAUAACUGUCCAACAUGUCCCAUCUACACCAAUGAGCAGGUGGAUCUUUCCCCGAAGCAUCAUCGUGAUUCUUAUCAGUAUUAUCCCGCUUCACAUCGAACGACGCUAGUCUGUCAUCGUUGUUCAUUUGACAAUAGGCGAGCGUCUACAGCUACAACAACAAAAACGAACGUCUUCAAUCUAUGUCAGUGUUUUUCAUCUGCAACAUCAGCGCUAACAAUUGAUUCAAAUCUUGACCCAUAUGAAAACACGCGAAAAAUAUCCGCGUCAUCUGCAUCAUCUAGUACAAGUCGAAGACAACGUGCCAUGUCGAGUUAUAGUUUAGCUCGAAAUAGCAUGGCAUCCAAUAUCAUACCACAUUCGAGUUCUUAUCAAUGUACACGUUCAGCAAGUAAGAUGAAGCAGGCAACGGUGUGGAAUCAACAAGAAAAAGCAUUUCGACAAUUAUUUGCUAUUGUCUUUGGCUUUACUGUAUGUUUUCUUCCAUAUUUUAUUCUUUACAUGGUCGUCGCUUUCUGCGGUUCGUGCGUGUCCGAACGCUUCCUAACUGUAACGAUAUGGCUUGGCUAUGUCAAUUCAACAAUAAAUCCAUUUUUAUAUGCGCUUUCAAACAAACAUUUCCGUCGAACAUUUAAUCGAAUAUUGAAACGUGACCAUCGACGUCAAUCUUAUUAUAAUUGA